AUGCCCAAGCGCAAGCGCGACGAGCCCUCCUCCGCCUUCGACUCUUCUUCCUCUUCCUCCGAACCCGAAACCACAAAACAAUCCAACCGCAACCGCAAUAGUCGCCGCGAUGCAGCCGCCCCAUCCUCCACCUCCUCCGCCAAACAACGCAAACAACUCCCCACCCGCCUCGAGCAGGCCAAGAAGGAGCUCGUCAAAGCGCUGAAGAUCGCGCGCGGCUUCGAGCGGCAGAAGCUGUCGCGCCGGCGCAAGGCGGCAGAGAAGGAAAACAAAGCUGGUGAUGUGCAGAGGAUUGACGCCGAGAUCGAGGCGCUGAAAAAGAUCGAGUAUCAGAAGCUGGCCGAGGCGCAUUUGUACAAGACGUUGUGCAAGAUUAAGAGCGUGAGGGAGCAUGAGGCGUUGCCGCCGUGGGUGAGGGAGGGGGAGGGGGAGAAGAAGGCUGCGGGAAAGGAGCUGAUGAAUGUGCAGGCGAGGUUGUUUAAUGCGAAUCCGACGAAGGAGGCUAUGGCGGUGGUGGUGAGGGAUGUGAGGGCGAUUUUGGGGGUGGAUGAGGUGGUGAAGGGGCCGCAGGCGAAGAGGGCGAGGGGGGAGGAGGCUGCGAAGGAGAAGGGGAAGGGGAAGAAGAAGAAGGUGGAGGUGGAAGAGGAGUCGUCUGAGGACGUGGAGGAGGGAGUCGGCGAAGGGGAGAGUGGGGAGGAGGAGAACGAGGGAGAUGAUGCUGAGUGGGACAGCGAGGAGUUUGCUGGCUUCUCCGACCGCAUAGCUGGGUCGUCGGACUCGGAGUCUGAAGAGGAGGAUGUCGAGACUGCGCUGAAGAAGCGGCCGUACAAACCCGUCCGUGACUUGUCCUUCACGCCUCCGUCUUCGCGCGAGGCGUCGCCGUCGGGUUCGUCUGAGCCGACUUUCUCGGAUGACGAAGAGGAGGAGGACGCGUCUCCAGAACCGGCGCCGAAGGCGAAGUCGAAGUCGAAAGAGAAGGCGCCGGUUGUGACGAACAAGUCCACAUUUCUCCCUUCGCUCUCGGCUGUUGGCUACAUCAGCGGCUCGGAAUCGGAGGCCGAGGAUUUGGACGAAGAGAUCGCGCCUCAGAAGAAGAACCGCCGUGGCCAGCGUGCACGACAGCAGCUGUGGGAGAAGAAGUACGGCAAGGGCGCGAAGCAUUUGGCCAAGCAAAAGAACGAUAGGAAUGCCGGCUGGGAUGCGAAGCGCGGCGCAGUCGACGGCGACAGAGGGAAGAAGGGCAAGUUUGGAAGAGACAGCAGGGGCGGCGGCUUCAAACCUGGUGGCCGUGGUCCUCAGGCUACCGACGCGAACACGGUGGAGCUGGGCAAGAAGAAGAACCACAGAGACGACGGUGGCAAGCUUCACCCCAGUUGGGAGGCUGCGAAGCUGGCCAAGGAGAAGGCGAAGCUUGGUAAUGUGCAGUUCCAGGGCAAGAAGGUCACGUUUGAUUGA